AUGGCAGCAGUGGAACUUGAUCCAGUGUUUGUGAAGGCUCUGAAACUCCUACACUCAAAAGCCAAAGAUAGUGGUGCUCAGUUGAAGGCUAUGCUAGAUGAUGCUAUAGCACAGAGAAAAGGUUUGAAGGUAACUGGCAUUUGUUAUUUAAAUUUCACAGCUUUGUGCUGACUUCUAGAUUUCUAUAAUAAUUAUAAUAACCAUUUACCAGGAAUGGUUCAGUUGAAACUUAACAGAUUUUUGUGCUGGAAUGCCUCUAGCUACUGAAAACUUAACCAAUCAUUUAUCUUAGUUUGUUUAUUUUGUUUUUUUAAAUUUUGAGUCUACAGCCUAAUAUAAAAACGUUCUCUUUUUCCCCAUAGAUUUUCUAGUUUAAUUUAGAAAUCUUUUUGCUUUUCCUUGAUAACACUGAUGUUGCUAGAGAUUUGUGCAUAAACAAUGUUUGUAAAGUUGACUGAUUAAUUAAUCUUAUGACAUAUUUUUGGCUGGUAAAAAAUUAUCAUUUUAAAAAAAAUUCACAAGGUUCCUGCUCACAGCAGUGAUGGAGGCAAAGCUAGCCCUGGGCGUUCUAAAAGUGAUGAAGACUCAAAGAAAAGGGAAGCCGAGAAGAGAUCUGCAGAUAAAGUAUUUCUGUCAAAUUUGUGUUCAUUUUUUAUUUAUAUUUUGUAUUGAUCUUAUAUAAAAAUAUAUAAAUAUUCAAAUUGCUAAUAAAUGUUAUAAUCAUUUAUUUUUAAAAAAUUGUUUAAAGAUCUUUUUUUUUUCUAGUUAUUUAUUAUAAGUGAAUUUAAUCCUUAUUAUAAAAAUGCUGAGUUAUUGGAAAAUUAUAACAUUCAUCUUAUAAGCUUUCAACUCUUUUUUUUAACAAAAUUAGCUAAGUCGUAUUUGCUCAACAACUAGAGACUUUGUAUGUGGUUUUUCCUAUGUUUCUAGCCAUCAGAAACAGCGGUUAAAAUGAUUGAACUAUUUUAGCCUUGUUUGGGAUUGAAGGCAGGAAGUUAAAAACUGGGAUGCACAGAUUACCUGUGUUGUAAUCCUCGCCAAAUGUUAAGUGUACAUUUUAUUUUUUAAAAUAUUUAUCAGUUCUAUAAUAGCUCAUGACAUUUUUUCUUUUUUUGCAGUCAACUAAGGACUCAUCAGAAUCAGAUUCUAAGAAGCUGAAAAUUGAUUCUAAGUCUAGAAGCAAAGAAGAGAAAGAUGCCAGAGACAAAGAAAAAGAGAGGGCCAAAAGGGAGAAGGAGGAGCGGGACGCUCACAAGCAGAGAGAGAAGGCAGAGAAAGAGAGGAAAGAAAAAGAGCUGGCUAGCAAACAAGAGGCAGAAGUCACCAUGGUCAGUGAUGAUGAGGAGCCAGCAGCUCGAAUGGAUGCUGGAGACUUUGCCCUUGAAAUGGGUAUAGCUUGUGUUGUGUGCAGGUAAACCAGUUUUUACUCAUUGCAUUUUGUAUGAAUAAUAUUUCACAAUUCAUAACUUUUUUGUUAACUUAAAACACCACCGUGUGACUUUUAGAGAAAAUAAAGCCAAUGCGUUGCAUGUUGAUUAAAUUUUGAUUACAUAAUAAGUUAAAAAGCAUAGCUAUAUGCAUAUUUUUUUAAAUUUUUCUUGCCAUGGACAGACAGUUUGAUGUAAGCUCGGGCAAUCAGCUUGUGGAAUGUCAGGAAUGUCACAGUCUCUACCAUCAGGUAUGA